CUCUUCUCUCUUACUCUCUCACCCACACACCCCUGCCACUUUCCUCUGCCAAUCAGCCUCAGCGCUCUCACCACAGCCGCUCAUCCUCAUCCAGUGAGAUAGACGGACACGUACGCUUCUUGUGCACCCAGCUACCUGCGAAUACCUAUCUCUCCCUCCCGCGUAUCUACUCUACAACAUGCUUCGCUCCCUCACCGGCCGCACUGCCUCGCAGCUGGUACGCAGUACCGCUCCCACAGCCGCAAAGGUACCCACUGGCCUCCUCGCCGCCCCCGCUUUCAACCUCCCCUCGGCCGCUGCUCCCCGUAACUUCUCCGUCUCUGCACGAGCAUCCGCCGUCACCAAUCCUUCUGCACCCAAUGCUUCACCUGAAUUCGACCCUCACUCGGUCACUGCCAUGGACAAGCAGGAGCCGCCUGCGCCCGGAAGCGACUUCAACGUAGUCAUCGUAGGAGCUGGAAACAUCAAUUUCGGCUCAGACGAAGGACCAUGGAACCACUCUUUCCGUCUGGAGCACAAGCUCGGUCCUCGUCUCAAGGUCGUCGCCCUUAUUGACCCCUCUGCUACUCGAGCUGACGCUGCUCUGACUGUCAAGCGCAAUUCUUUCGUGCUGAGCGCCUACAAGGACACCAUCGUCUACCCAGACUUUGAGAAUUAUGUCAAGAACAGGCCACAGGGUCAGGAGCCCCACGCUAUCUGGGUCGGCUCUCCCCCCGCCUACCGAGGACAGGAGACUCCCGGACGUGACCUGGAGAAGCACCUCGUCAAGGCCUUUCCCGAUGUCGGAAUCUUCAUUGAGAAGCCCGUCUCUACCGGUCCCGUCUCAGAAGCCUUCAAUGUCGCAAAGGAGCUGAAUGGAGCAAAGAAUGUUGUUUCGGUGGGAUACAUGCUCAGGUAUCUCAAGGUGGUGCAGAAGAUGAAGCGCAUCCUCGAGGAAAACAACCUCAAGGUCAUGGCCACAAACGCCCGUUACUUCAUGGCCUACGAGCACACUGCCAAGCUCGACUGGUGGGACAAGUCCCAGUCUUGUGGACCCAUUGUCGAGCAGGCCACUCACUUCUGUGACUUGUCCCGCUACUUUGGUGGCGAGGUAGACCUCGACACCGUCAUGGCCCACUCUCUGGAGCACUUUGAGCCCGCCGGCCACCUUUCCAAGAUGCCCAUUGACGAGAACAAGAUCAAGCCCGAGGAGCGUAUCCCCCGAAUCACCUGUGCCACAUGGAAGUACGAGAGCGGUGCCGUCGGCUCCCUCACCCACGCCGUGGCGCUACAGGGCUACAACUACGCCACUGAGCUGGACGUCCUAGCCGACGGAUUCUCCCUUCGGCUGGUAGACCCCUACAAUGCCCCUGUGCUGUACCUCAGGAGACCAGGUGACGACCACGAAGAGGUGAUCCGCUACAAUCAGGACGACCCAUUCUUCUCCGAGGUGUCCAAUUUGAUCGACAAUAUCGAAAAGGGACCUGGAUCCGCACCGAUCCUCAGCAGCUACGAGGACGCAGCUAAGACGUAUGCUCUUACCUGGAAGAUCCGAGAGGCGAGUGAGAAGAGCGCAAAGAAGCCUGCUUGAGAGGGAGGGGAAGAGAGAGAGGAAGUUGGGUGCUGUGUAGAAGUGGAGGAAGGUGUUGCUUAGAUUGGGCACCAGUGGCCGGUAGAAGGGAGAAGGUAAAACAGGGAGGAGGACGAUGACCAAAGCUGCGGUUGUUCUUUUCCUUCUUCGCAAU